UUGAACUUGGUGCAAUUAAUAAUUAGAGAUCGGAAACCGCCCGAUGCCACUCAGGGACAGGACACGGUAGUCGUACAGUACUAGCGCUGAGGUGGGGCUUCCAUGGCGGCCGCGAUGAAGGCAGAGGCCGACCCAGUUCGGGAUCCCAUGACUUCGGGCCCCAGGCUCGAUGACCUCGUCCACCGGCUUCGCCUCUACGUGCCGCCCUCCUUCCCGGACGAGGUCGAAGAGGACGAGGUGGGCGAUUGUGUCGGCGAUGGCAUGGACGAGAGGGGGAAGGUAGUCUCACAGACCGGUUUGGCGGACUCCGCCGCCGUCGUCCCCCGGUUGGAGAGGUUCCGCCCCAAGAGGGCGGCCGUCCUCGUUUGCCUCUUCGAGGGGGAGCUUGGUGAUCUUCGUGUCAUCCUCACCAAGCGCUCCUCCAAACUCUCCACCCACUCUGGUGAGGUGUCGUUGCCGGGGGGAAAGGCGGAUGAGGGCGACGCGGAUGAUCAAGAGACGGCGUUGAGAGAAGCCAAAGAAGAGAUUGGACUGGAUCCUUCUCUGAUCACAGUCGUUACCGUUCUGGAACCCUUCCUGUCCCGGCAUCUUCUCAGAGUAGUUCCUGUUGUUGGCAUACUUUCUGAUAACCAAGCAUUCAAGCCUGUUGCUAAUGCUGAUGAGGUGGAAGCAAUAUUUGAUGCACCCUUAGAGAUGUUUCUCAAGGAUGAAAACCGGAGGUCUGAGGAGCGGGAAUGGAUGGGGGAGAAGUUUCUGGUCCAUUACUUCAACUUCAGUACAGAAAACAAGAAUUUUGUUAUUUGGGGUUUAACUGCAACUAUGUUGAUUCAUGCUGCAUCAAUCAUUUAUCAGCGGCCACCUUCUUUCCCUGAGCAAAAGCCCAGGUACAGAGUCCCCCGCUAUAUAAAGGGGACCUGUAUAAUGCCAUGAACUCUCAGAUUCAUAUUAACUUAUGUCCGCAAGUUGUUUGCGGAUGUUUGUUAUGACACUGUGGAAGGUAAUAAUGGCUCAUCAAUAGCAUCAGGAUAGUGUAAUUCUUCAAUUAAUGGUGCUGUCUGGAUGUUUUUCUAUUAGUGCAUCAGAAAACUGUGAGGUCGCCUGGCUUCAUAUCUGGUAUAAAGGAUGCUCAGAGAGUUUUGUUGUUUAAAACAUGUCCCACGGACAGGUCUUGCAGCUGGCUUCCCUGAGUCUUGUGCCCUGGCAGGCUUACUACCAGUCCAAGAUGGAUGGACCUAAUGCCAACUACACCCUCAAGUAUAGCAACUUUUACUUCAAUCUGUUUGAAAUGUUUCAGACGCACUGCUUGAAGGACCAGCUUUGUGGACUAUUCCAGUGCCAAUAACUUCACAAACUAUACAAUGUAUUCUGCUAUACUGCUAAAAAAAAUUACAGUCGUUAAUGUAUACAUGGUUUAUGGAAUUGUACAUUGAAUCCUUCUUGCAUCACCUCAUAUUAUUCAGAUGGAUCCAUUAGGUUGGAUGUAAUAUUUCUUUUGGAGAUGCCAUGAAAGUUAAUGGUGAUAUUGUUGUAUAACAUUCAAUUCUUGAGGAAAAAAGAAAAAAAA